AUGGGAAAGAAGAAACCAGAUAGUUUCCUAAGUUAAAUGUCUAAGUUGUUUAAUGGCGAGAAAAUCAUUAAAUUAACAAUUAAGAGAAGUAUGGAACUUAUCGAUAAUUUCUAGAUUUGAAAGAACAAUAUCCACAACUUCGAAAGAGAUUGAGAAGAAAAUAGAAGUAGCAAUUAUUAAAUGAAAUCAAAACUGCCAAUGAUGUUAAUGAAAUCAUCAUUAGGUCAUAAACUCAGAAAUUAACAAUUUCUACAUCUUCAAAUAAAUAGUAAAUCAAUAAAUUUGCAGAUUCUUUGUCGAACAUAUAUCGCUUAUAUUGUCAUGAUCAAUAGAAAUAAAUUAAAGUAAGUCCAUGUCUAUUUAGAAAAAACCUGUGCCAUUGCCAACUCAGCCCAAUCCAAAAUCUAAGACUCAAUUGAGAUUGAAAGCCAAGAAAUUGAGAAACAAAGAAAGAAGAUAAAAAAGAAAUGAAAUAUCAAAAUUAAAGAAAAAGGAUUUGCAGAGACAAAAAACAUUUGCAAGCAAAAAAAGAGAAGAUUAAUAAUAAUGAUAUAUA